CUCUGCCUUUUUAACUACUCAUACGUAGGGAUACUGUGAGGAUGUCUGAUCAGUCGGUUUUUGAUGUGGACGUAUGGACCCUCACACGGUUUAUCAUGGAGACCGGGCGGCAGGUGAAGGGGUCCACCGGAGAGCUUACGCAGCUCAUCAAUUCAUUGUUAACAUCUGUUAAAGCUAUUUCAUCGGCAGUGAGGAAAGCAGGACUCGUUCACCUCCAGGGCCUCGCUGGAAAUGUGAAUGUCACAGGUGAUGAGCAGAAAAAGCUGGACGUGCUGUCCAAUAACCUGAUCAUCAACAUGCUGCAGGCCUCCUAUGGCACCUGCUUGCUGGUAUCUGAGGAGAACGAGGAUGCCAUCUUCACACCUGCUGAGAAAAGAGGCAAAUAUGUUGUCUGUUUUGACCCACUGGAUGGCUCAUCCAACAUUGACUGUUUGGCCCCUAUAGGCACCAUCUUCGCCAUUUACAAAAGAGCCUCUGAUGGUGAACCCAGUGAUAAAGAUGCUCUGCAGCCAGGCAGUCAGAUCGUAUGUGCGGGUUAUGCUCUUUACGGCAGCGCCACAUUGGUGGCUCUCAGUACAGGAACUGGAGUUAACUUCUUCAUGCUGGACCCAGCAAUAGGUGAAUUUGUUCUGACUGACAGAAACGUCAAGAUCAAGAAAAAGGGGAAGACCUACAGCAUCAACGAGGGCUACGCAAAGUAUUUUGAGCCUGCCGUGAAUGAGUAUUUAAAGCACAAGAAAUUUCCAGAGGAUGGCGGUGCCCCGUAUAGUGCCAGGUACGUUGGAUCUAUGGUAUCUGAUAUACACCGUACCCUUGCCUAUGGUGGCAUCUUCAUGUAUCCAGCCAAUGAGAAGAGUCCAAAAGGAAAGCUGAGGCUGCUGUAUGAAUGUAACCCCAUAGCUUUCCUCAUCGAGCAGGCUGGAGGCAUAGCCACGACAGGCACUCAGCGUGUCCUGGACCUUCAGCCGGAAUCACUGCACCAGAGGGCACCCUUUGUGGUGGGCUCCCCAGAUGAUGUGGAAGAAUACUUGUCAUUUGUCAAGAAACAUCAGAAAUAGUUAUUUGAUGUUGAUUUGAUCGGUUGAAAAACCUACAUGACAUCAAAUUGGCAUCCAAAACUUGUUUUUUGUAACAUGCUUGUUUCAGAGAGAGUAAUUAUUGUCCUUUUUUAAAAGAGAACCAAAUAAAAUUCCCAACAUUUCCA